CGGCCGGCUCUGCGUCCCCGCCAGCUCCAGUCAUGCUCCCGGCCUGUGGUGCGUGAGGUGGCCGCCGCCGCAGUUCCCUUCGCGGCCCUGUUCCGGAUGGCAGCGGCGGCGGCCCGGGCCGCGGCCGACCCCGCUCCCGCGAUGCCGCAGGCGGCCGGAGCCGGAGCGCCCACCGCCCGCCGAGACCUGUACUGGCUGCGCUCCUUCCUGGCUGGAGGUAUUGCUGGAUGCUGUGCCAAAACAACAGUUGCUCCUUUGGAUAGAGUCAAAGUUUUAUUGCAAGCUCACAAUCACCAUUACAAACAUCUAGGAGUAUUUUCUGCCUUGUGUGCGGUUCCCAAAAAGGAAGGAUACCUGGGAUUAUAUAAAGGAAAUGGGGCCAUGAUGAUUCGGAUCUUUCCCUAUGGCGCAAUCCAGUUUAUGGCAUUUGAGCAUUAUAAAACGUUAAUUACUACAAAGCUGGGAGUUUCUGGACAUGUGCACCGGUUAUUGGCUGGAUCUAUGGCAGGUAUGACUGCAGUUAUCUGUACUUACCCUCUUGAUAUGGUAAGAGUACGCCUAGCAUUCCAGGUGAAAGGAGAGCACACGUAUACAGGAAUUAUUCAUGCCUUCAAAACAAUUUAUGCAAAGGAAGGUGGCUUCUUUGGAUUUUACAGAGGUCUCAUGCCUACCAUAUUAGGAAUGGCUCCCUAUGCAGGUGUUUCAUUUUUUACUUUUGGUACCUUAAAGAGUAUUGGGCUUUCCCAUGCUCCUACCCUUCUUGGCAGACCUUCAUCAGACAAUCCUAAUGUCUUAGUUUUGAAAACUCACAUAAACUUACUUUGUGGUGGUGUUGCUGGAGCAAUAGCACAGACAAUAUCCUAUCCAUUUGAUGUAACUCGUCGGCGAAUGCAGCUGGGAACUGUUCUUCCAGAAUUUGAAAAGUGCCUUACCAUGCGGGAGACUAUGAAGUAUGUCUAUGGACACCAUGGAAUUCGGAAAGGAUUAUAUCGCGGUUUAUCUCUUAAUUACAUCCGCUGUGUUCCCUCCCAAGCAGUGGCUUUUACAACGUAUGAACUUAUGAAGCAGUUUUUUCACCUCAAUUAAAAAUAGCUGUCGUUUCUUUUCCUUAAUAAACUAUAUCAUAAGGUGAAAUAAAAGCAUUAAUUAUGAGGGGGACAUCAUUUGAAGGGGAUGCUUACCCCAUCACAGGAACCACUGGUAUGUUAGUAUUUGAUUUUAGCUUUUUUAUGUGACAAAUCAAAAGCACUUACCAUACUUUUGAGUGCCAAACAUUAUAUUUUAGAGGACCGAGGAACUAUUCCUAAACUGAUGCUGGCUGAUCAGUUAGGCUAUUUGAAACAUUUUUAAAGUCUUAUUUGGAAGUGGACUUAGCUUCACAGGGGACUUCAAGGAGUUUCCAUCAGGUUUUUCAUGCUGUUCCAAGCUUUUAAUUGUCAUCAUGUUUUUUUUCUGAAGACUAUAACGUUGUUUAUUAUAAUGGAAAUAAGUGAACUUGGUCAUAAUGUAAAAGAACAACGAGAACUAACUUUUUAAAUACUUUAAAACAUAGCCAGCAUUGAAGUAUUACUCUUCUCUCUUUUCUGUUCCAUUGGAAAAAAGGACAUUUUUCCUUCUUUUUUUUUGUAAGAUAGGUAUUAUAUUUAAAAAGUAGCCAUGUAGCAACUAAAAAAAAUGAAGUAUAAGGUCUUGCUCAAAUGUUAUUACCAAGUACUUUGUGUGAUUUGUGAGUGUUUUUAAAAGUUGAAUAUAUUAUUCUGUGAGGAAAAAGUUAAUGUAUUUUCCUAAGGCAGUAAUAAUUCAUACGGAAUAGAUCUGGUUAGAAAAGCAGAAUAGUACAAUAAAUAUGUUUCUGUUAGAUGAUUUGAAUAUAUAGGAAAAAUUUUAUUUAAAUGGACUGUGAAAUAUGCACUAAUGUAUAUGUGAAUAUCAAAAAAUGUUUCUAAGGUAUUAUGUCAGGAUAUAUCAACUGGUUCUUCCAUGUAACAUAAUUUAAGUGUAAUAGAAACCUAAAUGGGAAUGUAAAAUAUGAUUUAAAUGGCUAUCCUUUGUAUUAAGAAAAUGGGUUCAAAUGUAAGAUUUCCAUUACUGCACUGUAAUGUUUUAUUAUAAGCAUGCUAGAAAUGUGUGCAGAACAUUUAAAGUUUUAUCUUUAAAUAUAGUGAUUUGUAGAAUUGAUGUGAUUUUUUUAAGACCUUGAAAAAUUAAUUGAAAGCAUUAUUUCUGUAUCAAUUUUUAGAAUUUUUUUGCAUAAAAGAUUUGUUGUCAUACUUCAGUAAAAGUUUAAAUUGAUUUCAUUUUCAAUCUUUAAGAGUAAAUGUAUGUCUUUGUAUGAUUUUUUAAAAUUAU